GAUCAACAUAAGAAUGAAGCAUAUAAGAUUGUAGACUGCAAGUGAGCUAUCACAGACGACAUUGCCUUGCACCUUUGAGAGGGAGCCACUCAGAAGCAUCGUGAUAUUUGGUGAAGAGGUCUGACAAUGAUUGCGAACAUAUUCGGGUCUUCUAAAUGUCUGGUCAAGUUUUCUGAUGGUCACGGACCAUGCUCACAGCCUUCUAUGGGCCCCAAAGGUCGAGCCUUGCUUCAUGACCGUUGCUCUGCCUUUCCAGACCGACCUGGCCAAAAUCUGGGCAGUCACACCGACAGGGUGUUCCCACAAUUUCUUGGACGAAGAUAUGAAUUCAAUUCAUGUCGGUCAGCUUUGGUGUACGCCCAGAGGAGACGGCCAGUCGAGGACGAAGUGGAGCUUGAUGACGGGGAUUUUGCGAGCGAUGGAGAGGGGUUCAGUCUGGGUGGCAUCCUUGGACAAGCAUGGUCAGCGCUUCUGGGCGUGACUGACCGUCUGACAGACAUUGUCUACGACUAUGUGCCUGAUGAUGUGUCCCGACCCACAGUGAAUUUGGCGGUGAAGGCAGGGCUCCUUCUUGUCAUCAUUGGCUUUGCUCGCAGCAUACUAGGGUUCCUGCUGACGGUGGGCACAGUGGUGCUGGGCCUGUUUGUGGCAAGCCGGGUGCUGGGCAUUGAGGCAGGCAGCGGCGCUGCCAGGCCCAAGAGCAAGAAGAAGGGCGAGCGAUGGGGCUCGGGUAGGUGGAAGUAGGAACCAGAGGCCUCCUCCGC